GGCCUCGCAGCUUCACGUCAGUCGGUGUGACAGGACAAAUACUAACCAACAAGGAGUUUACUAACUCGACAGUCCAAGGUAGCCAAGAGAAAUGUCUUUUGUAUUUGACUGGAUCUACAAAAGCUUCAGCAGUGUCCUGCAAUUAUUAGGGUUGUACAAGAAGACCGGGAAGCUGGUUUUCCUAGGACUAGACAAUGCAGGCAAAACAACACUUCUGCAGAUGCUCAGAGACGACAGACUGGGACAGCAUAUGCCAACGUUAUACCCAACAUCUGAAGAGUUGACCAUAGCUGGAAUGACGUUCACCACAUUUGACCUCGGAGGUCAUACACAAGCACGAAGAAUCUGGAAGAAUUACUUUCCAGCCAUUAACGGUAUAGUCUUCAUGGUGGAUUGUGCUGAUCAUGUGCGACUAGCAGAGGCUAAAGCUGAACUAGAUGCCAUCUUAACAGAUGAAACCAUUGCUAACAUCCCAGUUCUGAUCUUGGGGAAUAAAAUAGAUCGUCCAGAGUCCAUCAGUGAGGACGCACUCAGAGGAGUGUUUGGUCUGCAAGGACAUACAACUGGAAAGGGCACAGUAUCACUGAAGGAGCUGAAUCUGAGGCCAUUGGAGGUUUUCAUGUGCAGUGUGCUGAAGAGACAGGGAUACGGAGACGGUUUCCGCUGGCUCUCUCAGUAUAUUGACUGA